AUGGAAGUGGCAACGACGCAUAUUGAGAAAAAAUCAAUCACCGCCUUCCGACGGCUGCAAGUUCUCUUGCAGACCAAUUCGGUCUUCAGGGUUGUAGUAAUAAUUACAAAAGAGAAUUUCAAACAUAUGUACGCCACGCCGCGUGGUGGAGUAUUCCCUGAUACCUUUACAGACUCUUUACAGAGUCGUCCAAUAAGGCAGCACGUCGUUUAUAAAGGCGCCAUCAAAGGCGGACGCCAUGCAUCGUUUUCCGCCGCUAAUCGCGAUGCAUUUUCACGACGUGGGCGUUCAGCGAGAGGACCGGGAUCCGUCAGACGUGGCGGCGGAUGCGGGGCCUGCUCAGCGUCAACUCGAGAGGUGUCCAUGCUGGCGCCGCCGCCAAUCAUUCAAUUGUACAAAUCCCGCGCGCCGGGAUCGCGCUCAAUUGCCGCGAGCAUCGCCCGAGGGCAACGGAUGCGCCGCGUUUCCGAAUGCAUCGCG